CUCACUUCAAAGGCAGAGACAAGCCAGUCAGUUGGUAAUGAUGUUGUGGGAAAAGAUUCCGAUGAUACUACUAGACUCAGGCAUCUUAAUUCAAGAAACUCAGAUACUUCAUGAUGCUGCAAAAAUAGGGAAUGUUGAGUUUCUAACUCAGAUUACUCAAUCAUUUCCUGAACUUACAUGGAUUGUCGACUCAAACAAGUACUCGGUAUUUCAUGUUGCUGUUAUCAACCGACAAGAGAAAGUGUUCAGUCUCAUCUAUCAAAUAGGAACUGCUAAGGAUUUUAAUACAUAUUAUAGAGAUAAUGAUAAAAACAACAUCUUGCACUUGGCCGGGAAAUUAGCACCUCCAAGUAGACUUAACAUUGUAUCUGGACCAGCUCUUCAAAUGCAGAGAGAGCUACUAUGGUUUAAGGAGGUGGAGAAGAUUGUACGACCUUCCUAUUUUCACAUGAAAAACAAUAAAGAUAAAACACCAAGGGAGUUGUUUACGAUGGAGCAUGAGAAUUUACGGAAAGCUGGUGAGAAGUGGAUGAAGGACACAGCAACUUCUUGUAUGGUUGUGGCAACUUUAAUUGCUACAGUUGCGUUUGCUGCCGCCUUUACCAUACCUGGCGGGAAUAAGAAAGAAACAGGCGCUCCAAUUUUCUUGACUGAUGGGUGGUUCACAGUUUUUGUUAUAUCUGAUGCUGUGGCAAUGUUUAGCUCUACAGCUUCCAUAAUGAUGUUCUUGUCUAUCUUAACAUCACGAUAUGGAGAAGAUGAUUUUCUAUUUUCAUUACCAGCAAAGCUGAUGGUUGGACUAAUUACACUCUUUGCUUCAAUCGUUUGCAUGGACUUAACAUUUAGUGCAACCUUCUUUUUGGUCUACAAGGAAGAAAAGCAAGGGACACCGAGACUUGUUGCUGCUCUUGCCAUGCUUCCAAUCACUUUAUAUGCAGUGCUAAAUUGUAGGUUAUGGAUUUCCUUAAUCCACUCAACAUGCUGGGCAUCAAAGUUUAUGUUUCGACCUGGUAAGCACAGGCUUUUCUAAUAAAAGGAACCACAAUGAUAUGAACAAAUCAUCAUCGCCUUUUGCAGAAAAUUCUGGUAGAAUUUGAAGCCUACCAACUUUUGUAGAAAUUUGAAAAAUCUUGACAUUUGGAGAUGUAUCUUGUAUGUAUUGCGUGAGCAAAGAGAAAGAUAUAGGAGAGAAUGCUGACUUGUUGAAAGUGCUCCAUGUAAUUACAAAUAUGCUACAAUGCUAGCAAAUGAGUAAUCGACCCACUGACAGAAUAUUCACAAUAGAGGGAGGGUCCACUUUUUUUUGGAUAUUUUUUAUGCAAUCGGGUCCCACGACAAUGUGUCUAU